GAAGAUGCUGGCCAGAUUAUCACCUUUUGCUAAGCACAGCACCUUCUCAUUAAAUCUGAGGUUAGAUGACCUCUCCACGCUUUCAAUGCCUUCUGUCCUUGUUCUUCAUUGGCCCCACCAACCCCCAGGUGGUCAGAGACAUCUCCAAAAUCCUUCUAAAACUCCAAACAAUUCAAAACAAUUCCAAGAUCCAGUCGAGGUGUGAGCUGUAUCGUUGCCAGCACCUGGAGGCAUCUAGACUUCUUUUCCCUAAUCAAGAGUCAGUAUGGGGGCAGGGGCGAGCGCCGAGGAGAAACACUCCAAGGAGCUAGAGAAGAAACUGAAAGAGGACGCCGACAAAGAUGCCAGGACCGUCAAACUUCUUCUGCUAGGUGCUGGUGAGUCGGGGAAAAGCACAAUUGUCAAACAGAUGAAAAUUAUUCACCAAGAUGGUUACACCCCUGAAGAGUUCUUGGAGUUCAUUGUCAUCAUCUACAGUAACACCAUGCAGUCGAUGCUGGCCAUUGUGAGAGCCAUGACCACACUCAACAUUUCCUUUGGAGACGCUGCUGCACAGGAUGAUUCAAGGAAGCUGAUGCACUUAGCAGACACCAUUGAGGAAGGCAGCAUGCCAAAGGAGAUGUCUGACAUCAUCCUGAGGCUGUGGAAGGACUCAGGCAUCCAGGCGUGCUUUGACAGAGCCUCCGAAUACCAGCUCAAUGACUCUGCUGGAUAUAUGCGGAAAUACUGUAUUGAUUCUUACUCUAUCUCCAAGUAUCUGAAUGACCUGGAGAGGUUGGUCAAGCCUGGGUAUGUCCCUACUGAGCAGGACGUCCUGCGAUCAAGAGUGAAGACCACCGGUAUCAUCGAGACCCAGUUCUCCUUGAAGGACCUCAACUUCAGAAUGUUUGAUGUGGGCGGUCAGCGCUCAGAGAGGAAGAAGUGGAUCCACUGCUUCGAAGGUGUGACCUGUAUCAUCUUCAUCGCUGCUCUGAGCGCAUACGACAUGGUGCUGGUGGAGGAUGAUGAAGUGAACCGAAUGCAUGAGAGUCUCCACCUGUUCAACAGUAUCUGUAAUCACCGUUACUUCGCCACCACAUCCAUUGUACUCUUCCUCAACAAGAAGGACGUCUUCUUGGAGAAGAUCAAGAAAGCUCAUCUGAGCAUGUGCUUCCCUGAUUAUGAUGGUCCCAACACCUUUGAGGAUGCUGGUAACUACAUCAAGACGCAGUUCUUAGAUCUGAACUUGCGACGAGACAUCAAAGAAAUCUACUCCCACAUGACCUGUGCCACAGACACAGAGAACGUCAAGUUUGUGUUUGAUGCCGUAACAGACAUUAUUAUCAAAGAAAAUCUCAAAGACUGCGGUCUCUUCUAAGCAAGCAAUGUGUGAAAAGACACGAUUAUAAUAUAAUAUCAUAAAUAUUAAGUAGUAAUAUAAGAAUAGUAUUGCAUUAUGUUGUUGUAGCAUAUACAAUUUCAAUAUGUGCAUAAUUAAAAAGUCUUUCUUCAUUUACAGAGCGGCUUAAUCAACAAAACCCAAUACUGACCCAUUGCCCAUUGUAGCCUGCUUUCCUCCCUGGGCAAUAAGGAAUUCUCCUUAGUGCACACACACAUAUACAAAUGCAUGAGGGAACUGAAUUGAUUAAAUCUUUAAGAUGAAUGUAUAUAUAGUUAUUGGGCUCUACACUUGAUUGAACACACUGCAUGUAAUUAAAUAUCUGAGCCUUAUACAAAUUCAUAGCAUAGUCAUAUAUACCAAGACAUAUAUGAGGUGUGUUCGGCUCUAUUAGUAUUAUUAUUAUUAUUUUUUGCAGUGAUCUGUCCUGUAGAUUUACGACUACACUUCACACAGCUGUAAACCAAAUAACCGUCCUUCUGAAACACCUGCGUAUGCACUUCAAGAUAAUGUUUUGCAAGAGUACAUUCUGAAGUAUUUCAGUUAUACCUUAUAGCAGUUACUGCGUAAAGUUCAGGCUUUUAAGCUGAUUGAGAAAAGUUGCGACUUGACUGGGAUACAAAGUUCUAUAUAUUUUACAGAGGAGUUAUAUCACGUUAUGUCCCAUCAGAAUCUUUAUGUAAGAUGGAUGACUUUGAUGAAAAGAUAGCAUUUACUUAGUUGUUUAGCUCAGGAGCAGCUAUAGCUGAGAGACAAAGAACACAAUUUUUGAGUGCACUGAUAAAAAUACAACAGCGAAUAUUGAUUAAAAUGACACAUAAACCAUAAACAACCAAGCAAAUGUAAAUUGAAUGAAUAAAGCUUCUGUAGAAAAGACUGAA